CAGCCCAGUUGUAGCAGUCUGGAUGGUAUCACCUUCAGUCUACCAGCGCAACAAGCCUGACCACCGUGCGACUGACACGGUCUGCGUACACAGAAAAUGCCCCGAAAGUGACUCGAGAGGACGGCAGGACUGUCCGGACAUUGGCACUGGAUUCCCCGGAGGUUGUCUGACCGACAGACCCGAGUCUCCUGCGCCGUAUCCGCAGCAUUAGGCCUCAUGGAGCUGGGGACUCGACGCCUGCUGUGCACAAGGGAGCUUGAUCCAUGCCCGGUUCCCAGCAGACAACCAUAAAGGGUGGGGACCUUGAUUACCCUUCAGUUCCUUUUUCCCGUCCCUCCCCCUAAAUUGCCCCUGUGGUGAUAUUGUCCUCUCCCGUCUGUGGCGUGCAACAUGAUUGGCAAGCUGAAACAGAACUUGCUGGUGGCCUGUCUGGUCAUCAGCUCAGUCACGGUCUUCUACCUGGGCCGCCAUGCUAUGGAGUGCCACCAUCGCAUUGAAGAGCGAAGCCAGCCAGGCGGGAUCCUGCCUCUAUCAGCGCUAGGAGGCAGCAUGAGGACCACCCUACGGACAGGCCAGAACCUCAGCACACCAUUUGUUUACAACAAAGACAUGCCACUCAUCUUCAUCGGUGGAGUGCCCCGUAGUGGGACCACGCUAAUGAGAGCCAUGCUGGAUGCCCACCCUGAGGUGCGCUGUGGUGAGGAAACCCGCGUCAUCCCUCGUAUCUUGGCCAUGAAGCAGAUGUGGAGCCGCUCGGGGCGAGAGAAGAUGCGCCUGGAUGAGGCUGGUGUGACAGAUGAGGUGCUGGACGCCGCCAUGCAGGCCUUCCUGCUGGAAAUUAUUGUCAAACAUGGAGAACCUGCCAACUUUCUCUGCAACAAGGACCCUUUUGCUUUGAAGUCGCUUUCCUACCUGGCCAAGAUCUUUCCCCGUGCCAAGUUUGUACUCAUGAUUCGUGAUGGCCGGGCUUCAGUCCACUCCAUGAUCUCACGGAAGGUAACCAUUGCCGGCUUUGACCUGGGCAGCUACCGGGACUGCCUGACCAAGUGGAAUCGGGCCAUAGAGACCAUGUACACUCAGUGCCUGGAGGCAGCGGAUAAAUGCCUACCUGUGCACUACGAACAGUUGGUCCUUCAUCCUGAAAAGUGGAUGAAGACACUGCUGAAGUUCCUUGACGUUCCUUGGAAUGAUGCCGUCCUCCACCAUGAGGAGCUCAUUGGGAAAGCUGGGGGAGUGUCUCUUUCCAAGGUGGAGAGGUCCACAGACCAGGUCAUCAAGCCUGUCAAUGUGGAGGCCUUGUCCAAGUGGGUGGGGAAGAUCCCGGCUGAUGUUGUGAGGGACAUGGCUGUCAUCGCCCCCAUGCUGUCCAGACUGGGCUACGACCCCCACGCCAACCCUCCCAACUAUGGCCGGCCUGACCCCAAAGUCUUGGACAACACCAGAAGGGUCUUUAAAGGUGAAUUUCAGCUACCUGAUUUCCUAAAAGAACAAUCACAGAUUCAGAAGUCUGCAGAGAAACCCAACCCCAGUUAGGAGCAGCAGGAGUGCCAUCACCACAACACACAGGAACAGGAGGUGCAGUGGAAUAGGAAAUCAUGGACAUCAUCUCACCCAUCUCACCAUCUGUAUUGGGCGUCGGCACAUUUCAAAGGUCAUAUGACCACAGAAGGACCGUCUCCUCACCAGAGUCAGCCCCUCCUGCGGGCUACUGCGCCUCGUGUAAGGAGAACUUUUGGCCUUCGAUGUACUGUACAAAAAAUAAUACUAAUACUUCUCACAACCACAGAAUGUCUGCUGAUUGUUAUUUUUCGUGUCACAUCACGCUCAUCGAUUUUUAGAAAUGAUUUCUGGCUAUUUAGAAAAAAAACUCUGUGAUUCUGUUGUAAGAAACUGCAGUGGACUGAAAUCGCAAGAAGCAUUUAUGAAUGGAGAAUUAGCUUUUGAAAGAUGCAAUACCUAUUUUAAUGUUAAUUUUUUUUCAUGCCUUUGUAUUGUGCAAUGUCAUGGGUACUGAUCAGUAUCAACGUGAUAAACAUUGUUUUUUUUUUAAA